AAACGUGAACGGGAAUUACAGCUAACCGGAAGUCUCGUUGGUUCUAUGUGAUGUCGGACUGACGGCGGGAUAAUUGUGUUGUUGCGUUAACAGACGAGCCUAUUUCUCAGUUUUUAAGCGGCAGGACUGCAGUCCAAUGGGAGACAGCGAUGACGAGUUCGACAGGAGGAGGCGGGACAAGUUCAGGAGAGAGAGGAGCGACAUGGAGCGGUCGAGAGAGCGCGAGGAGAGGAGGAGGGACGACUGGCCCGACAGGGACUGGGAGCGCGGCAGAGAGAGGAGGCGGGACUACGAUCGAGGUCGCAGAGAGAGAUUUUCUCCUCCCAGACACAUCAGCCCUCAGCACAAACGCAUGAGGCGAGACUGGGACGACCACCGGGGGGAGCCGUACCGCUACGACCUGCCUUACGGAGGAGGCGGGGCUCCCUUUCCGGGGGCGGGGCCUCAGGGAUGGCACCCCGACCUGCCCCACCUUCACCCACAUCACGGAGGUCACCCGCUGCAGGGCAGGUUGGGGAUGGUGGAUCCAGAUCUGCCUCCUCCUGGUCCUCCAACCAUGAGGAGCUUUAAGGAGUUCCUGCUCAACAUGGAGGACAGCGUGGACGAGACGGAGUCGGUGAAACGCUACAACCAGUACAAACUGGACUUCAGGCGACAGCAGCUGCAGGACUUCUUCCUCCAGCACAAAGACCAGGAGUGGUUCCGCUCAAAGUACCACCCCGACGACAUCACGGCGAGGAAGGCGGAGUCUCUGGCCGCCCUCAAAACCCGGCUGAGCGUCUUCCUCUUCCUGCUGGACAACAACUGGCUGGAUAACGUGUCGCUGGACAUGGACCACGCCCCCGCCAUCAUCAAACUGCUGGACGCAGCGGUUAUAAAGAUGGAGGGAGGUACAGACUUGGACCUGCAGGUGCUGGAGGUGCCGACUGCUCCUGCGGCGAGCGGCGGGGAGGCGAGCGGCGGUGGCAGCAGUGUCGGUGGAGGAGGAGGGGGAGGAGGAGGAGGAGAGAAGAGUCAGGGCGAUCCGAGCGGAGGGAACGUGAACAUUCAGACCGGCUCUGAACCGACCGGCAGCCGGACGGAGGAGAUGACAUGCGGAGAGACGGGCGAGAUUAAAGACCCUGACAAGGCCGGCGAGGAGGAAGCGAAGCAGAACGGAGAGAAGCAGAAAGACGAAGAAGAAGAGGAGGAGGAGGAAGAGGAGAAGAAAGACGAAGAGGAGGAAGAGAAGACGACAAAGAAAGGCAGGAAGAGGAAACGCAGCGUGUCGGCUGACAGCGGCGAGGGGAGCGCCUCUGAUUCGGACUCCUCCCACUCUGACGGAGAGAAGGAGGAAGACGAGGAAAAGGAGGAAGAGGAGGAGGACGGAGAGGACGAGCGUCGUAAAGAGCGAGGGAAGGAGAGAGAGAAGGAGGCUCCAGUGAAGCCCCGCCCCCUCCACCUGACCACCUCGCUGUUCAUCCGAAGCAUCCCGCCGGAGGUGUCGAAGGAGGAGAUCACUGCUUUGUGUCGCAGGUAUCCGGGCUUCCUGCGGGUGGCGCUGUCGGACCCUCAGCCUGAGAGGAGGUUCUUCAGGCGCUGCUGGGUGACCUUUGACCGCAGCGUGAACAUCAAGGAGACGUGCUGGAACCUUCAGAACAUCCGGCUCAGAGACUGUGAACUGUCUCCGGUGGUGAACAGAGAUCUGUGUCGACGCGUCCGCAGCGUCAACGGCCUGACGCACCACAAACCGGUGGUGAGGAACGACAUCCGUCUGUCGGCUCGACUCGUCCACAGUCUGGACCAGAGGGGCGAGCUGUGGGCCGGACAGAUGGAGACCAACCCGGUCCUGAAGAACAUCACGGACUACCUGAUCGAGGAGGUGAGCGCCGAGGAGGAGGAGCUGACGGGAGCCUCGGGGGGGAACGGCGACGAAGCGGGCGACGCCAAAGACCCCGCCUCCUCCUCUGAGGUUACCGUGGAGACGGACGACAAGCUGCUGAAGGUGUUGGACAGGCUGCUGCUCUACCUGCGUCUGGUUCACUCUGUAGAUUAUUAUAACUUCUGUGAGUAUCCUGCUGAGGACGAGAUGCCUCAUCGCUGUGGACUGAUCCACGUACGAGGACCCCUACCUGUAGCCAAGAUCACUGCAGCAGAGGUGAGUGAACAUCAGAGGAUGUGUGAGGAGCGUCUGGCUCCUCUUCUGUCGCCUUCAGAGACGCUGAGUGAAGAAGAAGCUUCCAGACUGGGAAAGAAAGAGCCGGAGCAGGAGGUGGAGAAGUUCCUCUCAGCAAACACUCAGGAGCUCAGUAAAGACAAAUGGCUUUGUCCUCUGAGUGGGAAGAAGUUCAAGGCUCCAGAGUUUGUGCGUAAACACAUCCUGAACAAACACGGCGACAAGGUCACCGGCGUCAGACAGGAGGUCGAGUUCUUUAACAACUUCCUGCUGGACGCCAAGAGACCCGCCCUACCUGAGAACAAGCCCCUCCCACCGCCAGCACAAGCCCCUCCGCCAGGAAUGCCCGGGUUUCCUGGUCAGUCACCACAGCAGCAAAGCCUUCUGGGAUAUCCACCUGGAGUCAGACCGCCCAUGCCCGGCUUCCCCGGCGGCGGUCCUCACUACCCUCCCAACCAGUUUGGGGCAGGACGCGGUAACUAUGACAACUUCAGAGGUCAUUUAGGAGGAGGAGGAGGAGGGUUUCCUGGGAAACAACGAAACAACAGGGGCGUGCGAGGAGACCCGCGGUCGAUCAUCGAGUACAGAGACCUCGACGCUCCGGACGACCUCGACUUCUUUUAAACACCACGAAGUGAAACUACAGGAUGUUUUUUUUUUUUUUUUUUUCUUCUUUUUUAAAAAAACUUUUUUAUUCCUACAUUUCCCACAAUUCCUUUCACCUUCCCUCCAUGAUCUGUUAGUGAUUGUUUUUCCUUUUUUUGAUUUAGGACUCUGUGUGUGUGUGUGUGUGUGUGUGUGUGUGUGUGUGUGUGUGUGUGUGUGUGUGUGUGUGUGUGUGUGUGUGUGUGUGUGUGUGUGUGUGUGUCAGCAGGACCAAUGUGACUGUCAGUCAGAGUUGAUGAUGAUGAUGAUGAUGAUGAUCUGAUUCGUUACACUUUCCAAUAAAGAUCAAUAUAGGAAGAC